ACAGAGAAUUAUAUCAUUAUCAGAUGAAACUUGCUUCUAUUGACAAUCUUCGCAAAGAUGGUAAGUUUCUAGACACAGAUGGAUCAAUACCGGAAGGACAAGGUGUCGUUAUGGCUUUGCUGAAUGAAUGUUAUGACAUUUUGUUUGAGAUGAAAGCUGAAGUGGAAGAGGAGGCUUAG